UGACGGCCCAACGUCGUCGACUAAAUCCUGCGCUCAACGGUUUAGUGUCUUUGCUCAACAAAUGGAACCUUUCAGCGUCAGCCUGCACAUAUGAGGAUUCGCGCAAUUCUCGGCGCGAGGAGGAGUCCUUUGCCAUCUGACAUGUCAUCGGGCCAUUACUUAGCCAAGGGAAGGAAUUGAGAGAGGCAGGUUCUAGGGCUGAACACACUCGGUCAAUUGCAUAGUAAGAAGUACUCAGUUAGUUACUGAGUUACUAACAAGUGGUAGCGCCAACUAAAUCCAUGACGCCCAUCGCUCGACCCAACAUUAUCCGCCAACACCUUCAUCCUUCUAUUUCAGCCACUUCUUCUGACUCCUCUUACUUCUCUUACUCCCCAAUCAUCACGGUGAUCAACGUACCGGAAUCUAAAGGCAUGGCGCAUGAUCUCGAACCGCUGCCUAAAGUCGGCAUGCCAUUUCUGCACCGACUCAAUUGCUUCCUGCGUCUCUGGCUGCUGAAAUUGCUCGCCAACAUUUACUUCUUCUACCAGCGCCUGGUCCACCCGCCGGCGCGAGGAUCCCAGCCGACGCUGGUCAAGCGCUACGCAUGUCGCGCUAUGCUGAAGACUCGCAUUUUCUAUCCGCACGACUACCGGGCCGGCGAGGAGCUACUACCCGUCUACUUCAACAUCCACGGCGGCGGAUUCGCUCUUUGCGAUGCGUCCGUGGACGACGAGUUCUGCUCUUCCUGGGCCUCCCGCACAGGCAUGCUGGUUAUCAGCCUAGAUUAUCGCAAAGUUCCCCUGCAUCCUUUCCCCACAGCCACCUACGACGUGGCGGCGCAGGUGGAAGCUGUUCUAGGGGACAACUCGCUACCUAUCGACCAGUCGCGCGUCGUGGUAGGCGGAUUCAGCGCGGGCGGCAAUCUAGCGCUGUCGGUGGCCCAGCUGCCACCUCUCAAGCAGCUGGUGCAGGCCGCUGUGAUCUACUACCCCAUCGUCGACUUCGGCCAUCCCCCCAACGAGAAACUGGCAUCCAGGCCUUUCACCAACGGACCGAAAGACAACCUCGAAGCGGCCUCCUGGUGGCUCGAUUGGGGCUACGUGCGUGUGGGACAGAACCGCCGCGAUCCUUUGCUAAGCCCGGAGUACGCCCGCAAGGAGGAUCUGCCGCGCUGGAUUUACGUGGUCGGCGCCCAGUGGGACAUGUUGCGUCUGGAGUCACAGGUUAUGAUCCAUCGCCUGGCUGGAUUGGAGGGCAGGGAAGACCAGGAGGCGCCGUUCGAAAAGGACACAUACAAGUGGACCUUGGCCAUGGGGCAGUCGCACGGUUUCACGCACAGCCGCGGACGCAAUCCAGCCAAAAGGGCCAAGAGACAGCAGUUGUGCGAGGAAAUUUACGGUGAGGCACAUGAGUGGUUGAAGAAGAGCGCGUUGCGCUAAUUUGCCGUCCCUGAA